UGUCCUGCAGAUGCCCCUCCUCCGUCCAGACUCUCUCUUCCUUAUAAAGUCAUGAAGUCUCUGGACGGAGACGUGUACAGAAACCUGGAGUUUGACGUGUGGCAGGACACCUGCAAAGAGAUGCAGAAGACGGAUUACAUGGUGUUCGCUGGUAGGCAGUACUUCCUGGGAGACAAGUGUCAGGUGCGUCUGGAGCCAAAGGGGAAAUACUAUAACGCCUUCAUCCAGGAAGUAGGAACACAUUCGUCAGCUGUCACCGUGUUCAUCGAGGAGCUGGGAGAAAAACACCUGGUUCCUCUGACGGAUCUGAAACCAGUGAAUCCAGUUCCUGCCUGGAAUGUUGCUGCUCCAACUAGAAAAGGUGAUCUGGACUUGGACUCUCGUGGGCAGCGUCAUCAUCGUCACCGUUACUUCAGGAAGUCUCGUGGCAGCAGUGGCAUGAAGGGUGCAGAGCUGCUGAUAGCUCCGGCCCCUUUAUAUGGAGGCCCCGCCCCAUCCACCCUGCCCCCUCGCUUCCAGCCGGCAGGUCACCCCCGCCCACCCCCUCCUCCCUCAACUGGAACGAUGACCUAUGAUCCCUACGCCCCCCCACACCACCACCAUCACCCUACAGCCAGAGCUCCUCGCUACGGCGCCUCCAGCUCAACCCGUUUCCUCAACCGUCACCUGAUUGGCCCACAGCUGACCUAUUACCACCCUGGAAGACGAUAUUACCAUGACUAUGAGAACUACGCCUUCAGGUCCCGUCGUAGCCGUCGUCAGCUGGUUGCUGCUCUCAAUAAAGAUUGUCAAUUUGGUUACCCUGCGGAGACGGGGGAGGAGUCAGCUGAUCUGGACACGGCCAUCACGUACUACCAGCUGGACGACGCCAGCGACGCCGUCUUCCCGCCGCUGCCGGGCACUGCUGUGGCCCCUCCCCCUCCACCUGGCUCCACCUAUCGAGUUCAGAGAGCCUCUGGACCCCUCCCCCCUGCACAUCGACCUGGAAACACCCCUGUGUGCUCAUCAGAGGAUGAGCAGGAGGACACGAGCACUGUGGAGGACCACGCUGAGUUCUCAGAGGAUUUCAUCUUCAGCGCUCAGG